AUGGGGUCGGUUUCUAACCAGCAAUUUGCAGGUGGCUGCGCCAAGGCGGGCGAAGAAGAGCCCACGGGCGACUCGCCCAGGCCGGACGAGGAGAACCAGCCGCUCUUGCAUGGCGCCGGGAUCUGUAAAUGGUUCAACGUGCGGAUGGGCUUCGGGUUCCUCUCCAUGACCAGCAAAGAAGGCGUCGCCCUCGACUCCCCCGUGGAUGUGUUCGUGCAUCAGAGCAAGCUCCACAUGGAGGGCUUCCGCAGCCUGAAGGAAGGCGAGGCCGUUGAAUUCACCUUCAAGAAGUCCUCCAAGGGCUUGGAGUCCAUCCGAGUCACCGGCCCAGGGGGAGUGUUCUGCAUUGGAAGUGAAAGGAGACCGAAGGGAAAAAACCUCCAGAAACGUCGGUCAAAAGGAGACAGAUGCUACAACUGCGGUGGCCUAGAUCAUCAUGCCAAAGAAUGCAAGCUCCCGCCACAGCCCAAGAAAUGCCACUUCUGCCAAAGCAUCGCCCACAUGGUGGCCAACUGCCCCGUCAAAACGCCCAGUUCUCAGGGAAAGCCCGCCUACUUCCGGGAAGAAGAGGAAAUGCACAGCUCGCCCCUUCUUCCUGAAACCAGGGAAUGAUGUUGGGGAAAUCAGGAGGGGGGCGGGGGGAGGGUCGACCGGAUCAACAGGCUUCGGUGCAUCAAGUCAGCAAAAAGGGGGAGCAACAUACAGCCUCGGCCUCCAGGCUUAGAGAGGGCAGGCAUUGGGCAAGCGGGCAGCAGCUGGUAAAACUUGGAAGUGUUCGGCAGAGGGAUAGGCCAAGGAAGCCACAGAGUGGACUCAGCCCUUCCCCCAGCCCUGUUUCCACGUGGGAGGAGGUCUGUGGAUCUUUUCCCUUCCAAGACAUGGGGAGGUGACAGCACCUUCACCACCUUUUUUACAUUUAGCCCCAACCAAAGAUUAU